GAACGCUUAAAAGAGACCCUCAAUUAAUAAUUCCUUUGUAUUUUCUCUCUCUAAAAGAGAGGUGAGAGAAAGGGGUAAGACCCUUGGAAGAGAAAAACCAGUAACCAGCAAAUCAAAUCAAGCAAAACAUUCACUGUAGGGGGGAGAGAGAAGCUUUUGAAGAGAGAGGAGGAGGAGAACACAAGGCAUGGGAAUAAAGAAUCUAUGGGGGUUUGUAUUAUGAAAAUAUGAAUAUGGUGGGGUUUAUUUAUUCCUUUUUUUUUUUUUUUAUAUCAUUUGCUGGUUAUAGGCAAGGGAUUGUGUGGUUGAGGUGAGAAUCAGUGGUUGGUAUUGCUCAAGGAAUGAAGUGCAGUUUAGAGAGAGAAAACCCCAUUUUUUAGAUUGGAGCCCAAGACCCAAAAGCUAGAGUUAGAGUUAGAGAGAUAAAGACCCAUAAGUUAGAUUGGGAGCAAAAGGGCAAGAGCUAGAAGAAUUGAGCCGUGGUGUAUGAGAGAGAAGCAACACUGAGUUCUGGUCAAGAUUAGGGCAAAACAAGAAGAUGGCUGGUUCUGCGAAGCCGCCGUAUUUCAAUACGAUAAGAGAAGAAGAUCGGAUCUCCAUGCCCCCGCAGAGGCUGCCGGAAGCUAUUCAGCCGCCGCCGCCACCACCAGGUGGCUCAGCUCCUGUCAAUUCUUCAUCACAAAGCACAGUUCAAAAGAAGAAGAGAAACCUCCCGGGGACACCAGACCCUGAUGCAGAAGUGAUAGCGCUAUCUCCGAAGACGCUAAUGGCGACAAACAGGUUCAUAUGCGAGGUCUGCAACAAAGGGUUUCAGAGAGAGCAAAACCUGCAACUCCAUAGGAGAGGCCACAAUCUGCCAUGGAAGCUGAGGCAAAAGUCGACAAAAGAAGUGAGAAGAAAGGUUUACCUUUGCCCUGAACCAACCUGUGUGCACCAUGACCCAUCAAGAGCUCUUGGUGAUUUAACAGGGAUUAAGAAGCAUUUCAGCAGGAAGCAUGGAGAGAAGAAGUGGAAGUGUGAGAAAUGCUCAAAGAAAUAUGCAGUGCAAUCAGAUUGGAAGGCUCACUCUAAGACCUGUGGAACUAGGGAAUAUAGAUGCGACUGUGGAACUCUAUUCUCCAGGAGGGACAGCUUCAUAACACAUAGAGCCUUCUGUGAUGCUUUAGCUGAAGAGAGUGCAAGGCUCCCCUCUGGUUUCCUCAGCUCAGCCAGUGGCCAUCUGUACACUGGUUCAAACUCAACCCUAAAUCAACCAAGCUCUCAAAUGGCUUCUUUAUUGGACCAAAUUCACAACCCAGCUAUGAGGCCACCUCCAAACCCUAAUUUGCUGAGGCUUUCAGGGAACUCUCAGAUGGACCACCUCAUGCCUCCACCUCAAAACCCUAAUUUCCAGACACCACCAAACCCUAGUUUCUUCGGCCUCCACCUGCAAGAUUCUGGCAACCUGGCCGGAAUCCUUGCUGGGAGCUCGCCGGAUUUCCAACAGCAAGCUCGACACGGUUUUCUACAGAAUCCCGGAAACAAGAAUAGCAGUAUGGGAGCUAGCACUAGCAGAGAGGAUAACAAUAAUUCCGGUGAUAAUAACCCGAAUUGUUCGAGUAUUUUGAUGUCGGAGCAGCUCGGAAUUAUGGCGAAUGAUCAAAUGAAUAGCGGUGUUUCAUCUCUGUACAGCGGUCAUGGCCUCCCUCAAAUGUCGGCGACGGCGUUGUUACAGAAAGCUGCUCAAAUGGGUGCAACUACUAGCUCCAACACUGCUUCUUUACUUAGAGGUUUGAGCUCUCCGUCAAACACUAAUGCUCAUCAAAAGCCUGAUCUCUCUUCUACAAUGGGCCUUUCAUGGCAAGACCAACAAAAACCAGAGCUAGUCUCAGGGUUAGAUCAUCAAAUGAGGACUAAUUUUAGUGGAGAAGAGGCACAAAUACAAGACAUUAUGAACUCUUUAGCGGGAGGAGGGACCGGCAUAUUCGGCGGUGGUGCCGCUACAUUUGGAGGAGAUUGUAGCAACAGUGAGAAUGAGCAGCAAAACCAUUAUGGUGGGUUCAGUGGUAUGAUGCAAGGUGUUCAUGGAUUGCACCAGGGUGGCUUUUUGCAUGGAGUUGUGGGUUCGGGUUCAAGAAUCGAAGAAGGAGGAGGAGGAGGAGGAGGAGACAGAUUGACAAGGGACUUUUUAGGGGUCGAGAACAUGGCUAGAAACAUGGGGAGAGGACUUUCACAGAGGGACCAUCAUCAGGCAGCCAUGGCUUCGCUUGAUUCGGGCCUCAAGUCUUACAGACGUGAGAAUUUGCAGUGAGAGGUCGGGAUCGAGUGCGCUCGAGAUAAGAUUUAAGCCAAGUUCUGAGAUAUGCAUGCCUUAUGACUGUGGUAGUGUGUGCAAAAUGCCUAUCUAAUAUUUGCUCUUUCGUUUGUUGGGCGCAAAAGGAGGUCCUACAUUAUAUGUCCUUCAAAAGGUGGCAAUUCUUUGGUAAACAGACUUCAGACACUUCAGUACCUUGCUCAUUAAAGAAGCUACUCGUUCCGACUCUUUAAUGUAUUUUGAAAAUGCUGCAAUCCUAGAGAGAGAAAGAGAGAGAGAGAGAGAGGUGGUAGAUUUCUUUUCACAUUCUUUACGUGUGUUUGCAUGUUCAUCGGCUAGACCAAUGAAAAGCAAGGGUUGUUGAGCCUUUUCAAGGUGAGGAAAUACAUGCAAGAGCGUGGAUUACAAUGCUAACACCCUAAAAUAGCCCCCACCCCCUUCCUCUCUCUCUCUCUCUCUAAAACUAUCUUUCUCUCUCUACAACUCUCUUUCUCUCUCUACAACCACAACGUGCAUUCCACCUUCCCAUUCUCUCUCCACUACAACUAUUACCAUUCUAACUUACUGAAACAACCCCCAAACCUAUCUCCCUUUCUCUCACCUCUCUCUCUCUCUCUCUACUAUUCUACCAUCCUAUAAUACUACCCUUAACCUUCUCUCUCUUUUGUGGAAAUUAUGCAAUAAAACAGCCAAAAAAUCUUACACAGUCAAACAUGACAAAAUUUCAACACACCAAUGACCGUUGCAGUACAAUACCACAAACCAAUAUAAAUACAAAAAUAAACUAAAAUAAAAUAAAAUAAAAUAAUGGAACACAAUAAUUUCUUUCUAGAUUAGAACAUACUUCACUUUAACUACAUUUUUCUACUUGGAGUAAAAAGGAAAUCAUUUUUGUUUAUUUCUAGUAUUCACAUUGAUAUUAUAUAUACAUAUACAUGACAACAAAUUUUCUAAAAUUUUGUUAAUAAUAAUAGUAAUAAAAUAAUAAUAAAUAAUAACGAAAAAAGGAAGCGGCUCUAAAACUAAAACGCAUCCCAAUAAAAAAUGAUGCGUGUCUUUUCCUUCAUUUUGAAAAGUAUGCACAAGUUGCUCCCAAGUUGACUUGAAUGACGACUAAAUUUUUCUUUCUAUGAGGAAAUUUGUGUCAAUAAUGAAGUUUACUUAUGUGAAAGUUGAAUCAACUCUAAAUAUUUCUCAAUAAUGAGUAGGAAACACUUUAAAUGUCACUCCUUUAUUCAUUAUUAUAUUUCCCUCCUCUAUUAUUAUUACUAUUAUUAUUAUUAUUAUUAUUAUUAUUAUUAUUAUUAUUAUUAUUAUUAUUAUUAUUAUUAUUAUUAUUAUUAUUAUUAUUAUUAUUAUAUUUUAUUUUGUGGGGUAUGCUAACUAGCCUAACUCAUAAGAGAGAGUCAAAGGAAAAAGUCUGAGAUCAAUUUAUAACCACACAUUUUGUUGUUGUAAGAUGUUGAACAAUACCAUACAUUCAAGAUUCAUAAGGAGAUACGUGGUGUUAUAAAAUUCUUAUAGAGGAGAGAGUCAAAUGGCAAUGGAGGAUUCCGAAAAGGUAGCAAGCAGAAAGAAGAAUCAAGUGAACCAUUUGAAAUGGUUGAUUACAUUGACAGGAAUAGAGAAUCAUACUAUCUUGUUUUUCAUUCAAUCAAUCAAGAAAUUAAUGUGCUAGAUAAGAGACAUAAUCUGGGGUUGAUAGAAGUCCGAUUUCUCUUUUUUUUUUCUUUUUUUUUAAAGAAAAACCUAUACAUAACUCUGGUUGUUCAUUUUCGUGGCUUCAAUCUAGGCCAUUAAGCCUAUAUUGUUCUAUAGGCCCUCAGAUGACUUAUAUAUACAAACACGCACACACAUUGCAUGCAUGUGUAGAUUUUUGUUUGUAGUUUUGUUUACGCUCAGAUUUGUGCCAAUAUCAUAGAGAGAGCGUUCUACUUUUUCUUUUCUAAAAUGGAUAAAAGAGCGUUAAGGAAGGCCUCAAACCUUAAGAAACUUGGAUCUCACACUAAGAUGGAAGAAAAACAGUGGGAGAGAUCAUCGCUCACUGGAUUAUAUCUUCCAGAUGAACCUGCAUUAGUCUUAUCCAAAUUGUCUGUGCAAGCUCCAUUCCAAGAGUAACCAUAUUCUAUUUGCAAUUUCUUUUGCUUCUCUAUUUGCAAGAUGAUCAAAUAUACUCCUUGUAUAGUUUGUACAUGUCUUCAUUCAAACCUCAAAUUAUAUACCUAUGGAUCUCAGAUUGCUUGUCCUACUUCAUAACAUUAUAUAGACUUAGAAUAAUGGCCCAAAAACCCAAGUAGCAUCUUCAAAUUUACCAUUUAAGUGUGAAAAGUUCAUGUACACACAAAUUAGGUACACAUGCAUGCAUAGAAACAUAUACGUUCUUAUAUAUAGAUGUAAAUGUGCAUACAUAAUUCAGUUACAUACACAUGUGCAUUUAAUUGUAUGUUGCACAUACCAUGCAUAUGGAGUUGUUGAUAUUCACAUGUAAAGAUACAUAGGGAUAUCGUUUGUCUGUUAGUUCAUAUUUAUGGGAUUGUAUAUUAUAAAGGGAAAAGUUCAUAUAAGGUUGGAACCUUAUACUGUAGACGAAAGGCACGCAAAUUUAUUUAUUGAAAAUGGUUAUUCCAAUGCUAAAACGCUCUAAUUAAUCAUCUCAACCUUGAGAUGUAUGGAUGUGAGAAAAAAAUAAAUUUAAAGUCCAAAAAAUGGUA